AUGCUUUAUUCAGACGCUCACGAAGUCUCCCCAGAUCCUACAGUCUUACAAUUAACCGCCAAGGCUGGUCUUGUUCAAGAAGCCAAUUAUCCCAGUCCGGGGAAAUACGAUAAUUAUUUCAAUGCCAUUCGGUCCGAUGCCACACUGAACCUGGCGUUGUUGUGUCCCAUUAACUGGUUUCCAUCGCAAAAAAUUAUCUGGAGGCGCCGAUUAAGCAUCAAGAGGGCAGGCGAGAUGGGCGAAGUGCGUCGACAGUCCAGCAACGUCACUGGGACUACCAGAAGCAACAGCGGCGGCAGGUACUACCCCAAAGGAGACGGGUUUGUUCCGCGGAGCAAAACAAUUGCGUCGAGGGGGAAUCGAACCCCCGGCUCCCCGACGCUGCUGGAUGGCAACGGAGAAUUUUACCACUAA